GCACUACUACACCUGGGACCCUUCCAAGGAGAACACCAUUCCUGGUAACUCUACGCGUAUCCAAACCGCCAGCCACAGCCAUCCAGUAGAGAAACCAUGACCGCCAACGCCUACGAGACCUGGGACCCUCCCAAGAGUCCAAUUAUUGCUGGCACCGUGCCACCACCCUACCAGCUGGCGGGGACAGUGGUAGAUAAAAGGUGUCCGGUCCAAGUAUACAAAGCACCUACAUCCUAUGGCGAACCAGCCGCUGUCCAGCGAUAACCAGCUUCAAGACCUCGAUAGGUGAGCUACUUCGCACUGAACGUAUCCUUAAGAGGGGUUGAGUAUUUUUUCGAUAGCAGUGUAGCUAUGGCAGACAUACUGACCACGGGAAGUUAUGAAGCGGGCGAUGGCACACUACUUGUCUUCCAGGAGGAGGUGCGUAUAUUACUGUGGCGAGGGAUAAUUUCAGCCAAACGUUUCUUGCAGGACGAGGGGCUGGCCAUGUUUCUCUACGAGAAGUUCUUCCGCCACGGUCCUCCUCAACCAGAGAUUUCAGAAACAGCCGCUCUGCAAGCAUUUGAUGAAUACUUCACAAAUCUUCUCUCUAACGAGGUCAGCUCGGGUGCUGAGGAUCACCCAGAGCCCUCCCAGCCCCCUGAUGAUCCCGUGGAGAAUGUCCCAGACGAUAUGCAACGAUGUCACUGGAUGAAUGAGGCCACACAUCAAAAGUGUCCUGCCCUAGUUUCUAAAGGUCUAAAAUCAAUGCUCUCGCACCUGAACAGGGCGCACGGCGUUAGUGGAUCGGAGAAAAUUCAAAAGGAGUGCAAGUGGGCUGUACUGCGCUCGGGCUCCGAAUCCGCAUGCGGGACGACAUUCCAACGUCGCAAUAUACCUCGUCAUGUGGCGAAGCACCUGGGUUUGCGCUGGCUCUGCAAACUAUGCGGCAAAAGCUUUGCCCGCUCAGAUCUUUUGAAGCCUCAUGUACGUAAGGAUCACGAACGCUAAAAUUGCACAGCUGUUUUAGCCAGGUUUUAUCGUAUACCAAACGCAUGCCUCUACAUGUAAUUAGUGACGCCCUUGCUCA